AUGGCGCGGCGGGUUGCGUGCUCGGUGCCUCGGCGGGCCAGCAUGCCGGACCAAACAGCGGCAGUAGAAGGAACGUCGCAGCAAGAUCACCGGGGGACUCUGCAGUGCGAGGCAGCAGGGCCAGACCCGGCUGGACGCCGCUGCUUUUUCAAGCACAAAAGACAGUGGGAGGAUCACUGCAUCACCGCAUCACCGACAAUCCAUCACUUCCGAGAGGGAACCGUGGCUCGUGUCCGGUGUCUGCCGCCCGUCUCCAGCCCCCUGACGAGUCCCCCGUCAGAGUCGAGUCUCAGCCGGACCACACCGACGACGGAGCCCGCUCACUUUACUGUGCUCGCGGCGGUGGACACGGCUCCAGCUGCAUGUCUGGCUGCCCGCCCGCUGACGUACCACAGCAUGAACACCGCCGUUGGCUCCACGACUCAGGGCCCCAUUUGACCCAUUUGACCCAUCACUUUUCAGCUCGUCACAUCGCCGUGGCCCAGUGCAGCUCCCCGGCCGCCCCAAGCAGCCACUGAGAUUACUCACCCACGCACACCUCUGCGCUUGCCCUGGACCUAGUCUGCUCUAGCUGGCUGCUGAGCCUCCUACUCAAUCAGAUGGCCGCUGAGGGAGGACCCCGCUGAGGGAAGACCGCGGCGUCGGCUCGGAUGGAGGCGGGACUUCCUCUUGGCUGGAGCUGCGCGUGCCUGUCCGGACAGGUAGCUCG